AUGGGCUUCUCUCUCAUGGGAAGAGUGGACCCGACGGAUCCUCCCAUGAACUUCGUCACGUCUGCGAACACCAUGAUUGUCAAUCGUGAGAUUAUCCGCUUCGAUUCUCCCAUCAACUUCAUCAGCUUCCGCUACUUCCACUGGCAGAUUGAAACCAGUCCUUACAGCAACGCUGUGAAGCUCCAGAGCUUCCUCUUCUACUACUGCAAGGCGAGCGGAGACGCGUGCCCUGCUGAUGGCGUCUAUCCUUCUGUCGGAGAGGGUCAGGUGUCUCCUGCUCUGUGCGACUACGGAUUCAAGGGAUUCCAGUACAGAGUUUGCUCGGGAGGCGUGCUGGGCGAGGUCCACAGCGACAACUGCACGUACCUGAUUCCCGAGAAUCUGCUGUACCCGAAGAGCAACUACGAGUUCGUGCUGGGUCUGGCGAUCACCGAGCAGACUCCCAUGUAUGACAACCUCAUCACUCGCUUCAGCAGCGAUCGUGCGCUGCCCGCGGGACUGACUCUCAACACCCAGACCGGAGUGAUCAGCGGAACGCCCACCGAGGUCUACACGGAGCCGAAGGCCUUCACGAUCCGCGGAGAGAACCCUGUGGGCGCCUCCGCCACCCCGAUCUACAUCUCCGUGAAGGUGGGCCGCUGCCGACCGAUCGACGACUUCGUGGAGGUGGAGGUUGGCACCACCGCUACCUACGACUGCGCGCAGAAGGGAAGCUACGUGGGCACGCUGUCUCGCGACUGUGUGCUCGGACCCAACGGCCCUGAGUGGGUGAACUCGAAGGGAGUGUGCAUCUCCGUGGCCGUCAUCGUGAUCCUGGUCGUUGUGGCCAUUCUCGUCAUCGCCGUGGUGGUGUUCAUUCUGCUGCGUGUCACGCGACAGAAGAAGGCUGUCGGUGGCGUGAAGGGAAAGAGAAGCGCCAAGCAGAUGAAGAGCACGAAGAGCAGCGGCAAGGCUGUGACGCCCAAGGCCGAUAAGAAGGUGAAGGUUUAA